CGCAAAAGUUACUAUCAACAGGAACGCCCAGCGGCGCACUGAUCACUGGUCGCCUUCUCAAACACCCCCCCUCUAAAUAAGAGACAAAACACAUUCCACUUCGAUCUUCCCUCGCGGACCAAAAAGGAACAGGAGACACCCGCUCAUUCCCUGGCCCCACCCUUACGAAGGAACGAGCAAAGGGUUGUGUGAACCGUGUAGUACAGGGUUUUAGACGUCUGUGGGGAGUUUCUGUUCCAUAGAGGAAAGGGAAGACGGACAAAGGACACAUUUGCUUCCAUUUCCGACUCCGUAGACAUUCUUCUCUGCGGUUUUUCACUUUCUGGACGGAGCUGAGAGCGAGCUUGACAUAGAUAGGACUUUGAAGAUAGACGGUGGAGUCGAGCGCUUCCUACCCACGUCAAAACGGGGCUAGGAACAGGCCUCCGCACUCCCCUCGACAUUACAUCGCACUCACAAUCAGCACCAAUCAACUUCGCCCACCAUGUCGUGCUGCGGCAGCGCAAAGUGGAAGCGCGAGCAAAUCGAAGACCACAAAUUCGACCUCCUCGACGUCGAAGACUUUGUCGACAACUCGCUCUGGUCCCAAGUCCGCUACUCCUUCGUCUUCGUCAUGACACUCAAAUCCGUCCUUCUCUACAUGUUGGAUCUGGGAACCGUCAUCCUGCUCAUCACAAACGUCAUUACCUCGAAGGGCCACCAGGCCUGUGCGUCCGCCGCCAAUUUCCUUGGUGACCCGGAUGCCGACCCCUGUGCGCCGCUCAAGGAUACGCAGAACUUUUUGGAUUUCCCGAUCGAGGGGCAUAUUCGGUUUGCGCUGAUUUUGUCGACGACUGUGCUAUCGUACUUGUUGUUGGCGUGGGAGUGGAAGAAGGGGAUGGCCAUUGUAAAGUCGAAGGAUAUCUCGUAUGCGUUUACGAAUACCGUCGCUUAUAGGUACUAUGUCGUUCGAUCGUACGGCCACUUCUGCCUCUUCACGACUAUCGAAGGCACGAGGCGGAUGAUCGAUGAGCUGGCGUUCUGGGUCUUCUUCACCUUCCGCGGCUGGAAACGUCUCUUGCUUUCCGAUUUCCCUCGUCAAUUCCUCAACUUCUUGCUCAUCUGGGAGGUGUUUUCACAAACCAUGAAUUACUAUACGGAUCCGAAAGUCGUCAAUGCGGAUUUUCGCGGCUUUUGCGAAUCGGAAAAUCCCAACGUCCCCUGCGUCUUCAAGAACAGGAAGAACCUUUCGACCAUGAAUGCCUUCACAAUCUCCGCCAAUUACAUCCUCAUCAGUGCAUCCGCGUGGAAGACUACUUCCCCGUCUUUCAUUCGGACGCCGUUGAUCUGGACGUCCAUGAUCACGGUGUUGAUCUGGUCCAUCUCGUUCCUGAUGACGAUUGUCGCUGCUCUCAUUUAUAUCCCGCUGUUGAUGAAGAUUCGUGGGAAUCUGAAGGAAUAUUGUUGCCAUAAAGUGGACAAGAGAAUCGACGAGAUCCUCAAGAAAAAGUCCCGCAAGCGCGCCGAGGCAGCCCGCAAAAAGGAAGAAGACGACCUGAAAAAGUACGGCAAGUCCUCUGGGCCCCGCCCGACGCUCCCGACCGUCGACCUGGACGUCAUGUCCAACGCCAACUACUCCUCCUCCGGCUACAACGACUCGGGCAGCACGCUCUACCGCGGCGACAUGGGGACCGCACUGUACGACCAGAGCUACGCGGCCUUACCCCCGCCGCCAGGGCCCGGAAGCGCGUACGGCGGGAGUAAUGGCGGCAGCAGUAGCCUGCACGGCUCGCAAGCGUAUGGCCGUCGUCAGCCGUCGCCGUUACCGCCCAUGCCCAACCCGUACGUUCGUGCGCUGGCGCACAAUGCGCCCGGGAGUGGGGCUGGAUACGGUGGCCAGCCCGUGCAGGAGAUUCGGGUGGGGGAUUCGAUGUACGAUCAGGCGGAUAUGGCGUCGGAGUAUGGAGGUAGUCAACCUGCGAGCCAUUACAGUGGUGGGAACGCGGGAGGGCCACCUGUGUCAGCGGCGGGAAGUGGGUUUGCACCGCCCAUGAACAACAACUAUGCGCAUCACCCGCAUCCACAGCCCCACCCAGGCCAACACCCGGGAUACUACCGCAGCAUGACCCCCCAGCAGCAGACCCGCUCGCCAUCGCCAUACUACGCCAACUCAUCCGGCGCAGGUAGCGGUAGCGCACCCGGCUCAGCAGUCCCAGCACCCUUAUCGGCGGCGGGAUCCAACGUCGACCGAUACGCCAUCCCCCCACCGUCGUCACACCUCGCGCACGAAAUCCACGACGACCGUCAUCACAACGGCGGUCACGACGAGGACGAUUACGGAUACGAUCAACGGAGCGAGGGAUACACGGGUGGUAGUGGGCGGCCAGCUCACCAUCAGUCGGUGUACUCUGACUAUGCGUAUGGGAGCUAUGCGGGUGGAGCGCCGGAGUAUGGGGAGUACCGGGAGGCGGAGCAUCCGAGGGAGCAGGGAUAUGGCAGGCGGUAGGGAGUGGGACUGGACUUGAACUUGCGUAUGUAGAGUUUUACGGCGUAUUGGUGUUAGACGACUUCUGCCCCAUCAAUUUCCCUCCUUUCAACAUUCAUCUUUCACUUCUUUUCCCCCACACAUACAUAUCCGCUUUGAUCAACACUCAUUCCACCCCUCGUUCUUCUGUUUACUCUGAACGGGAUCUGUACUCUCCCUUGUCCUUUUGUAUAUAAUGAAUCAUAUGAGGUGUGCUUACCACACGG